GAUGAUCGCGCUGCGACAAUCGAGGCGGCAGGAUUUCCAACUAACCACCCGAUCAAUUCUUUGACCGGUUAAAGUGCAGCAGCCAGCGCCUAUAGAUUGCAUCAUGCGUCAGUUUGGGUGCGGAAGCGGUCGAGUCGAGACGUCUCUCUCUCGCGCGCGUCGUUUGUGCUCCGGUCCAGUGAUUGGGUGUGCGCGCGCAGCAGCAGCAGGGUGACGCUGCAUAGUGCAACCAGCCAUACUGUGUGCAACUAUUCUCGGUAAGCAAAUUCUUCGCGAGCGCGACGCGUGUUUAUAUUUAUUCUUAUAUUUGUAUCUCAUACUCAUGCGAAUUAUUAUUAUUAUUUCUCUACAGAAAUGUCGCCGCCUCCGAAAUUCGAAUGUGAGAAGUGCGGAGCGAAAUUCGCAAGACCCGCCCGCCUUCGAGAACAUCAGUCAAAACCAUGCACCCCACAGUGUCAGAAGUGCCUCAGGAACUUCAAGUCCAACGGAUGUUUAAAAAAGCACAUAGAAGCAGCAACAUGCGGGGCGAUAUUUUCUUGCGAUAAAUGCAGCAAGAUCUGCAAGUCUAAGAAAUCUUUGCAAGACCAUAAAAGAUGCCAUUUUAGAAACUACGUGUGCAAGGAGUGUUCCCAAACAUUCAGUCGUCAUUAUCAUCUCCAGCAACAUAUUGAAUCGAUACACCAAACAGGAAAAUGUGUUACAUGUCCGAGAUGCGACAAGAAAUGUAAAACAGAAGAUCGACUUCGAUAUCAUUUUGAUCGCGUGCAUAGUGAGGAGCGAAUGUGCGAUGUGUGUCAUACUACGAUGCGAAACUUAAAAGAGUACCAAAAGCACAAAAAAGUCUGCAAAAAGGACAACGGAAAGAAACCUUCAUCCUAUCUGUGCCUCUACUGCCGCGAAUCGUUUGCAUCCGCACACGAUCGAGACGUGCACUACCAGAAGUGCGCAGAGCACCAGAAACAAGCAAGUCAAUUCGGAGGAGCCGGCCCCAGCAAUCAAGAAGAGGGGUCAGAAGAAGAAGAAGAGGAACUGCAAUGGGACACCACGUACGCGCUCAAGAAGAACGUAUCCAAGCACUCGACGACGGUGCAAAACCAGUACGACUUGGAAGCAUGCCUUAUCAACAACAAGAAAAACAUCAUUUCAAAAUUAAAGAAACAUCUGCAAGAAGCAAUACAAGGCAUUAAAUGGCAGAUCAGCGGCAAAGUCGCUGCCUCUCGCGAGGUGCCCGCGGAACCGGGCUCUGCACAGUUGGAGAUUGAAAGGCAGACGCUGUAUUUGAACAGCUACCAACACACGCUUUUCAAGCACGGCGACAACGUCCAGGAGACCGUCGAGAAAGCUCUCGCCGAGGUUCUGACGAUGGCGGAUCACACUAACCUCAAAGGCAGUUCGUGGGUGAUCAGUGAAGUGGUCGGGUUUGACUUGAACAUUGCAACGAAUAGCCCGCUCCGCGGAAGCUCAUACAUUUCGACACCCACCCAUUUGAAGAAUUCGAAGCAGACUCUUGUUAAUAUUCAAAAUUAUGGCAACGACGAUUGCUUUCGACUGUCAAUUAUUGCUGCAUUGCACCCCGCAGCAGACAACAAAUAUCGACAAGCUAACUACACCAAGUAUUUGGAUGAGCUAAAUAUGGGAAAUAUUAAAUACGAACCAAUGAAAGUAAAAGAUAUUCCCAGAUUUGAAAAACUCAACCCCGCAAUUAGUUUGACCGUGCUCUAUGAAGAUGUGAUCGAAGAAGAUGAAGAGGAGAAGGAGGAAAGUGCGGACGGGGAUAUACCCAUCGACGAUAGCGCCAUGGAGUGCGAAGAGGCGGAGGACAGCACUGGAGAAGAAGAACAAGUGAAUGAAGAGGAAGAAGAGGAGGGGGAAGCAGUGAGCUGGGACGCCGAUACACAGAAGACAAAAAAGAAGACGAAAUCAAUUAUUGUGCCGCUGUACUGCACCAGUGAAAAGAAGGAAAACCACAUCACACUUCUCUUGCUGGAACGAGAGGGCCAAUACCACUAUGUGUUAGUUCAGGAUAUUCAUGCCUUUUUGUACAGUCAAACACGCAAGAGGGCUCGUGCGUUCUACUGCUGCUACUGUUUGAAUACUCUUCCAACUCAAGAAAGACUUAACCAACAUGAAAAUUCGUGCAAGGAAUUCGGUGCGCAGCGAAUAGAGUACGCAAAGCCAGGAACGGUUUCAUCAUUCGAUGCAAAAUGCUUCCCCAAAACUCAGCGUGUCCCCUUCACGGCAUAUUUUGACUUUGAGUGUGCACUGAAAAAAUUGGAAGGUAGUGACGAGAGUGGAAGAAAUCGGGUGCAAGAACACGUGCCCGUCGCCUAUGCCAUUGCAGUCGUUGACUGGGAAGGAAAACUGGCGAGGCCGGUAAUUUCACAUGCUGCUGACAAAGACGUUGACAAACAUUUUGUCGACACAGUUCUGCAGCUAGAGGAAGAACUGUGGGCGAUGCGCCCAGACUUCCCGCUGCACAUGUCGCCGCAGCAGGAAAAAGACUGUAAAAACGCAAAAGAAUGUUAUUUGUGCAGAAAACCGUUUGCAAAAGACGAGGACCGUGUGAGAGAUCACGAGCACCUGCAGGAGAAGGAAAAUAUUCGCGGAAUGGCUCACGGAGCAUGUAAUUCAGCAGUAAAACGCACAUCCUUUCUCAGCUUAGUGUCACACAAUGGGUCCAAAUAUGAUGUGCAUUUGGUGUUCCGGGCGUUCAUGAGUCAUCCAAAACUACGAUCGAAGAGGAUAUCGGUGCUGGCCAAGACGAUGGACACAUACAGAAGUGUCACCAUCCAUCUGGGAAAAGAUAGAAGAUCCAUAAAAAUGGUGGACAGCUUUAAUUUCUUUUCCGAGAAACUCGACUCCAUCACAGAACACCUCACUGAUGCAGAGCUGUCCAUACUCAAGGAGGCUUACCCAGAUCCGACCCACUACGAGUUGCUCCGGAGAAAAGGAGUAUACUGCUAUGAAUUCACCGAGUCGUACGCAAAACUUGUAGCCCAAAAGACGCUUCCUGCACGACAAGAUUUUUAUUCCUCCCUGAGCAACUCUCUGCCGAGCGCGGAGGAGUAUGAGCGCGCGCAGCACGUGUGGAACGGGAUGGGGUGUGAAUCUCUACUCGACUACAUGAGGCACUAUUUGUAUGCGGACGUCCUGCUCUUGGCGGCCUUCUUUACCAAGUUCAAAGCGAUGACGUUCGCUAAAUAUGGUCUAGAAGUCUGCCAUUUUGUCUCCAUCUCAUCGCUCACCUGGUGCCAAGCACUGAAAUUCACUCAUGCCGAGGUUGAAGUUCUAUCGGAUCCGGAUAUGUACCAGAUGUUUGAGAGGCAAAAGAGAGGCGGCCUGGCCUGCAUCAUGCAGCGGUACUCGGAGGCAAAUGUGCCCGGAACAUCUACGUACAGUCCGACAAAGCCAGAAAAGCACAUUCAGAUUUAUGACGUGAAUGCUCUGUAUUCAAAUGAAAUGUGCAAAAAGCUGGCGUAUAACAACUACCAGUGGGUGGAGCCCGAAGAUCUUGCUAAAAAGGAUUGGACACAGGUUCGUGAGGAUGACGAUGAAAUGUACACGGUCGAGGUGAGCCUCGAGUACCCGGCCGAGCUGCACGAUGCGCACGACGAGUGGCCGUGUGCCGUGGAGAAGGUGGUGGCCCCCAUCGAGUGGAUGAGUCCGUACCAGCAGCGGAUCGCUGCGCGUCUUCCUAAAGCACAACUUAAAGAACCCAAACUCAUUGCACAUCUGGGACCACGACAGAACUACGUCGUGCACGGCGCAGUCCUCGCCUUGUACCUCAAGCUGGGCCUCCGAGUCACCAAAUUUCACCGUGGCGUGAAAUACGAGCAGAAGGCCUGGCUGAAGCCAUAUAUUGAGGAUCUGAUGACGGAGCGGCAACGCACAAAGCUCAAAUUCGAGCAAAAGGCGUACAAGCAGUUCUCCAACUCGACAUACGGGUAUCUGCUCCGCAAUCCUCGGUUUGAUCGUCAAGUGGAAAUUGUCUGCACUCCCGAGAGAAUGAAGAAGUUGGUGGCGAAGCCCACCUUCAAAUCUUUCACCAUUUUCGACGAGAAUUUAGUCGCAGUGGAGAAAGCACCAUCUACAAUCAAGUUGAUGCAAUGCGUGGCGGCAGGCACCAUGUACCCCGUCUACUACUACAGCGUUGAGAAGAAGGUCGUAGAAAGCAUCGGCGUUGAGCUUAAAAACAAAUGGAAUGAAUACUUUCCUUUCCCAGACAGCGACCAGCCGGUCAUUGUGGUGUUGCAUUUUUGGAGAGCGUGA